AUGGCGGAUAGCGAGCGAAUCCCAGUGGCAGCCAAUGUGCUGGGGACAAUCGGCACUGUCUUCUGGUGUGUCCAGCUGAUUCCCCAGAUAUGGCAUAAUUGGAAGCACAAGAAGACCGACGGGCUGCCGGGAAGUAUGAUGUUUUUAUGGGCUGUCUGCUCGGUUCCUUUCGGUGUCUACAUGAUUCUUCAGGAUGUCAAUAUUCCGCUCCAAAUACAGCCCCAACUUUUCGGUUUUUUUGCCUUUGUCAGCUGGGGGCAGAUAAUUUACUAUAAUCACGACUAUUCUAAACUCAAAUCAACCGCUUUGGUGUUGGUUUCACUGCUUGUCUGCGGGGGACUUGAAGCCAUGUUUAUCUUUACUCUUCGGAUUCCAUAUGGCAAAGGAAUCACAUGGCCAGCCUUACUUUUCGGUAUAAUAGCAGCUAUAAUGCUUGCAGUUGGCUUUAUUCCACCUUAUAUUGAGAUAUGGCAACGAAGAGGGCGGGUUAUUGGAAUAAACUGGGUUUUUUUAUGCGUCGACAGUCUAGGGGCGCUCUUUUCACUCUUCGCCCUCGCUGCACAAGGAACUUUUGAUGUCCUAGGUGGGAUCCUUUACAUUGUUGUCUUUCUUGCGGAGGUCUUCAUAUUCGGCAGUCAUAUCAUCUGGCGAUUCCGUCACCGCAAACUCCUGCAGACGGCGAAAUCAUCCGGCAAGACGGUCGAUGAACUACUCGAAGAAGCCGAGCCAGUGAACCAGAGACCAGUAAGCAGAUCGGAGGGAUUAGAGGAUCCUGAGAAAGGAUUACAAUGUGAGGUUGACGAGGGGCCACCGCCGGUGCAGGUUAUAGAAGAUGGCACACAACAACCACCCAAUGCCGAGAAUCAUCCAAGUCCUAAAGAAGUAGACAAUUCCUCAACACGGGAAGACGAGGGUAAAUGGUAA